AUGCUUGAGCGAAGCGAGAAGCUCGGUAUCAACCAAGCCGUGCGUGAUGCAAUGGGCGAUAUCAGAAGAAACAUGCAGGGCCUGAACGAAGUACGCUACACACCUCGCACAGCAAGACAGCUACUGGGAGACGACUCGGCGACACAGGCCAUUGCUGCACUGGAGCAACGGAACAAACUGCUGGCAAACAUGCUGGACGAGACGGUUACAAGCCUCAGAUCUUUGGCCACUUCGAACCUCGACGACAAGGUUAAGACCCUGGAGCUUGUUGAGGUGGCAGCCGCCAAGGUCCAGUUCGUGAAAGUCUACCUAGAAGACCCCACGAUCGAGGUCCCGGACUUGGAGGGCUUCACUAGUCCGCCUCCUGAAGAAGCGAGGGGAGAAAUCUCGAUGGACGUCGAGCCAGACGGCAAGGCUGCUCUACAGGCCGCUGCUGCCGCCGAAAAUGUGGCAGGCGCCAUCUCGACGCUGUCCCUGGCGGACCAAGGGAAAGUCAAAUCGCCAGCUUCGACAUCACCGCUCCCCGAGCAGAUGGACACCACACAAGAUGCACCCGCAGACAGACCUGCCGAGCAUCCAUCAGCGACGGUAUCAAUCCCGAAAUUCGGAACCCUUCCCCCAAAGCCAAAGGAACGUCCUCAGCCGCCGAUUCCGACGCGGUCAACCCUUGCCCAGUCGUCCUUCUCGUGGAUGCUUGAGCCGGACCAAUCGCCGCAGUCCGCAUCGCCGCCGCAGAUGCUGAAGUCGAGCUCCGGUGGCGCACACCGGAAAAAACCCUCGGGAAAUAUCAGCAGGGAGCGGAACGCCUUUCUCUUCGGCGAGGUUGUCGCCGAUACCGACGAUCAGACCAAGCCAAUCAAGUCCGAUGACAUUUUUGGGCUGCAACCCAUGGAGAAGCCAAAGUCUCCAUUUGCAUGA